AUGGAUGUAGCCGACACAUAUGCUACUCAAAGUCAAGUUAAAGACGAGGUUGGAGUACGGUGCCAGAAGUUGUUUCAAGAUUUCUUAGAAGAGUUUAAGGAAGAAAAUGAGAUUAAGUACGAAAAAAGCUCCAGGGAGCUCCUUAAACCCGAAUUAAGUACUUUGGAAGUCAGUUUUGACGACGUUGAAAAGUACAACCAGAAUCUCGCUACUACGAUAAUUGAGGAAUACUAUAGGAUAUAUCCAUUUUUGAACCUUGCUAUUCUGAAUUACGUUCGGAGUCUCGCAGACAGCGGUUUGAAGAAAGAUCUACAAGAUAAAGAAUGUUACGUUUCAUUUGUAGACGUACCAACACGGCAUAAAGUUAGAGAAUUGACAACAGCCAAGAUUGGUACAUUGAUCAGAAUCUCUGGACAGAUUGUACGGACACACCCUGUGCAUCCGGAGCUGGUACUUGGGACAUUUGUGUGUCUGGAUUGUCAGACAGUGAUAAAAAAUGUUGAACAACAGUUUAAGUACACACUACCAACAAUCUGCCGUAACCCUGUCUGCGCCAACCGUCGUCGCUUCAUGCUGGACCCGGACAAGUCGGUAUUCGUGGACUUUCAGAAGAUUCGCAUCCAAGAGACCCAGGCCGAGUUGCCACGAGGAUGUAUUCCACGUUCUUUGGAAGUAAUUUUAAGAGCUGAGGCUGUGGAGUCUGUGCAGGCUGGAGACCGGUACGAUUUCACAGGCUCUCUCAUAGUGGUACCAGAUGUAGGAGCACUAGCAAUGCCCGGAGCUAAAGCCGAGCUAACCACUAGAACAAGACAAGGGAAUGAGGCACAGAUGGAAGGCAUUAAAGGAUUAAAGGCACUGGGUGUUCGAGAGCUGCAUUACAAGACGGCCUUCCUAGCUUGCAGUGUACAGGCAAUAUCACGACGGUUUGGCACUGCGGAGCUUUCCACCGACGACCUUACAACCGAGGAUAUGAGGAAACAGAUGACUGACAAGGAGUGGGACAAGGUAUACGAGAUGUCACGUGACCGUAACUUGUACAACAACUUGAUAACGAGUCUAUUUCCGAGCAUCCACGGAAAUAACGAGGUGAAGAGAGGAGUUCUGCUCAUGUUGUUUGGAGGAGUCGCUAAGACUACCAUUGAAGGUACUACUCUCCGAGGCGACAUAAACGUCUGCAUAGUAGGCGACCCUUCAACGGCCAAGUCUCAAUUGUUGAAGCAAGUAAGCGAGAUGACACCGCGCGCCAUUUACACCAGUGGAAAGGGUUCUUCCGCCGCUGGUCUUACUGCAGCUGUUGUCAAGGACGAAGAAUCAUUCGACUUUGUUAUCGAAGCCGGCGCGUUAAUGUUAGCGGACAACGGUGUGUGCUGUAUCGACGAGUUCGACAAGAUGGACCUGGCUGACCAGGUCGCUAUACACGAAGCUAUGGAGCAGCAGACCAUAUCCAUUGCUAAGGCCGGAGUCCGUGCAACACUAAACGCGCGAACAUCAAUCCUGGCUGCCGCGAACCCCAUCGGCGGUCGCUACGACAGGGCGAAGUCCCUGCAGCAGAACGUGGCCUUGAGCGCCCCCAUCAUGUCCCGGUUCGACCUCUUCUUCAUCCUCAUCGACGAGAGCAGCGAGAUGGUCGACUACGCCAUCGCAAGGAAGAUCGUCGAUUUACAUUGCAACAAGGAGGAGACUUACGACUGCGUCUAUUCGAGAGAAGACCUGCUGCGAUACAUCGCGUUUGCUCGGUCUUUCAAACCAAUAAUUACUGAGGAAGCGGGGCAGCUGCUGGUGGAGUACUACACGGUGCUGCGCACGCGCGACGGCGGCGGCGCCGGCGCCGGCGGCUCGUGGCGCAUCACCGUGCGCCAGCUGGAGUCCAUGGUCCGAUUAGCUGAAGCGAUGGCUAAGAUGCACUGCAGUGGACACGUAACGCCGCAACACGUCCACGAAGCUUACAGAUUGCUAAAUAAAUCGAUCAUCAGAGUGGAACAACCAGACAUUCACUUGGAGGAAGAUGAGCCUCAGUUUGAACCCACCAUGGACGUAGAUCAAGAUGUACCUAACGGAAAUGUUACAGAAAACGGUCACACAAAUGGUACAAACGGAGAUACAUCAACGAAGAAGAAACUGACACUUUCGUUCGAGGAGUACAAGUCGCUGAGUGACAUGCUCGUCGUCUUCAUGAGGAAGGCGGAAGCAGAUGCGGAGACUAAAGAUGAAGAAAGCUCGGGAAUGCGUAAAAGCGCCGUGGUGAGCUGGUACCUCGAACAGCUGGUCAGUCAGGGUGUCAUCGAAGAUGAAGACGAGCUCGUUGAAAGGAAGGUUCUGGUCGAGAAGGUCAUUGACCGACUUAUGUACCAUGAUCAAGUGAUAAUACCUCUAUCAACUACGGGCCUUAAAGCCUCGCAGAAGUCGGCCGACCAAGAAGUUGAAGACGACCCGUUGUUGGUCGUUCAUCCUAACUAUGUUGUAGAUGCAUAAUUCUACAUUCCUUUUGUUUUAUCAGUUACUUAUAUGUUCUCAUUGAUUUUUACAUGACGUUAAAGCAAACGUAGUGUAGUUUGAGGGAAGGCGUAUGUCCACCAUCAACUCUUACGCAUUAAGGCUCGUAUUCUAGAACUCUACUCAA